GAUAGGAGAGCUGGUCACUUAUACCCAACUAAUGACGUUCACGGAGUGGGAACAGAGUUUCUCGAAUGUAGUGCUUGCUCAUUUUAUUGCCUUUCAAAGCCCGGCGACGCACUUAACUUGUAGUGGUGGUCUUCCUUUUUGGGAGCAUACCAAGCAAACCAAAAAAACUUCACUUAGUUUACAUUUGUUGAAAACCCCGUAGAGGCUUGUCUGAGUGUGUGUAAGUAUUUUCGCCACGAAAACGGUGUAUUUAACGAAAAUGUCAUCGAGUGGCGGAGUUAAAUUGGCCGAUUUGUGCGCCGAUUGCUGUGCGGCCGACCCGUCGUGGGCGUCGUUGAGUUUAGGUGUACUCCUGUGUUCUCGUUGUGCACUAAUCCACUUUAGCUUAGGCAGGCAUAUUUCGCAGAUUGUGUGCUUGAACGAAAAAUUGCCAACUAGACAGAGAGAGCUCUUAGACGUGUUGUCGACACGUAAUAUAAACUCUGUUUGGGAGCACUACCUGCUUGACUCAAACUUCACUGGUGGAUGUCGGAAACCACCACCGAACGAUCAAAGUCUACAUCCGACGCGAAGCGCAUUCAUCAAAUCAAAAUAUGUCCUUAUGAACUUUAUGGAACGGCUUUCACAUGAUACUAAUGAGCUUCAGGUCAAUAUCCGACUCAUGACAAAUCUGAGAACGAACGACGUUGACGAAUCUCUCAAGUUGAUAUUGCAAGGCGCGGACGUCCGGUUUGUUCAUCCUGAAACAGGACAGACACAACUCCACGCUGCUGUCUUAGCUAGUCAACCACUUCAGGUUGAGCUUCUCCUAAUUCACGGAGCGGACCCUCGUGUCGAAGACGGAUCAGGCCAUUCGGCGCUUGACGUUGCUCGGGCAGCUUGUCGCCCAGAUUUGAUUAGUCAAAUGAUGACUGCCUUAAAUCAACUAAGUGAUAGUCUACAGAGUUUUGUUACUAGCAUCGGUGGACAAAUGUUGGCCAAUUCACCCCCGCCGCUUCAGUUGGAUGAUGAAGUUCGAACGGAGCUAUGUAAAGAUCUCUAUGACGAAGUCGAACGCCGAGAGAUACAAUCGCAGAUGAAUUGCGAUGAGGUGCCAUUUCUGCCAGUGAACCCGGCGUUCGCGUCAAUCCGUAAUCAAUCGAGACAGAAACUCGCCAGAUUAAAUCGCCAAGAAUUAGCGGCACUUAUUGUCCUCUGCGUUGGACAGGAACGCCUGUCCGCGCAUAAUUCAUGUAGUGGGAGUGUCGGAGGAGGAGUUCGUCUCCCAGACGACGACGAUGAACCUUUGUAUGAUAGCGUUUGUGGGGAUGACGAUAUCACAAUUGUUACGGAAGAAGUGGAAGAGACAAUGGCUGCGUCGGCGGCCGAAACCCCAACAGAGUGGUUAACAGCAAGUCCGCCCUCGCCUGCCCCGACCUUACAAUCGGUCCCGCCACCAGUUGCUGAAGCACCAAGCUUCUUUCCCAAUCUAAUAGUGAAAACGGAUGAAAUCACAAAGCGUACGCAUGCACUUUUAGUUGCAGCGAAAACCCAGAAUGACGCUAGCUAUCUCUCAAUUUGCAAACAGAUUCGUUGUUCUGUUUUAGAAAUGUCAUAUCUGUUACCUCAUAGCUAUCCCGAGCCGGCGUGUCACAGCGCCCUGCAAAACAUCAUACGAGCAGCGGAUGAUCUCGUGAACAACUGCGAAUGUCUGUUAAAUGGCGAUAAAGCUGAAAAUGCUCAAAAAAUCAUCAAACUAGUCUUCACUGUUGCUCACGGUGUCAAGACGUUUGUGAUAUCGUUCCCACAUCUGCGGAACACACAACCACCAGUUUAGGUAAAUAAGAAGGAUACAUUA